AUGGUCUCCCAGCUGGACGCCCAUCAGCAGCUGAGCGCUCGUCUGUGCGCCUGGGAUGCCACGGGGCUCCUCGCUGCUGCAGGACCUGAGGCUGGUGGCUCCCACGUCAGGGGCUUCAGAGCUGAUGACACCAGCGGGGAGGGGAUACAUCUGGCCAGAAAGGGUUUUGACAAGAAUGCAGUGAGCUGGCCAACGGGAGGCUAUGCCCUCAGGGAGACCGAGGAGGCGGCUUCCACAGGGCACUUUGUGGCCUGCAGGGUGGGCCUGUCCCCGCUCUACAGCUGCUGUGUUGGUGGUGCCAGGGAAGAGUCCGGGGAGGGGCCGGCCUGCCCCUGGCCCCAUAUCAACGAGGACCCCAGGACUGCAUAUUGCUGCGUGGUGGCUGCGGAGGUGGGCGUGUUCCAGAGGAGGCCUGACAUUCCUCGGCAGGGGACAGCGUGGAGGGAGCGAUGUUCUGGGCCUGGGGGCGAUUCUGGUUUUGCAUUCUCAGGGCUGGACUCGUCUGAAGACCCGUGA